AUGGCGCGGAAGUUCGACGACCGGGAGGAGGACGAGGACGCGGCGGAGUCGGUGGAGCGGGUGUUCGAGGGGCGGGAGGUGCCCGGGUGGCGGGAGCAGGUGACGGCGCGGGCGCUGGUGGUGAGCGCGCUGCUGGGCUUCAUGUUCAGCGUCAUCGUCAUGAAGCUCAACCUCACCACGGGGAUCAUCCCCUCCCUCAACGUCUCCGCGGGGCUCCUCGGCUUCUUCCUCCUCACCUCAUGGACCACGCUGCUAGACAAGGCCGGCGUCCCCGGCGUCAGGCCAUUCACCCGCCAGGAGAACACCGUCGUCCAGACAUGCGUCGUCGCAUGCUCCGGCAUCGCGUUCAGCGGUGGAUUUGGGAGCUACAUAUUAGCGAUGAGCGAGAAGAUAAGCGAGCAAUCUGGUGAGGUGAGGGACGAGGACAGCAUCAAGAACCCCAGCUUGGGAUGGAUGAUUGGUUUCCUCUUCAUUAUCAGCUUCCUCGGUCUCUUCUCUGUUGUGCCACUCAGAAAGAUAAUGAUUGUCGAUUACAAGCUUAGCUACCCUAGCGGCACAGCGACAGCACACCUCAUCAACAGCUUCCACACUCCUCAGGGUGCGAAGCUCGCCAAGAGGCAGGUAAAGACGCUAGGGAAGUUCUUUGCAGGGAGCUUCAGUUGGGGCUUCUUCCAGUGGUUCUAUUCCGCCGGCGAGGGCUGCGGGUUCAAGGCGUUCCCCACCUUGGGCCUCGAGGCCUACAAGCAAAAGUUCUUCUUCGACUUCUCGGCGACGUACGUUGGCGUCGGGAUGAUCUGUCCUUACCUCGUCAACAUCUCUGUGCUCGUGGGAGGCGUCAUCUCGUGGGGGAUCAUGUGGCCGUAUAUCGAGCACAAGAAGGGCGACUGGUACCCUGCCACCCUCAAACCCAGCAGCCUCCGCGGCAUGGUCGGCUACCGGGUGUUCAUCUCCAUCGCACUCAUCCUCGGCGACGGCCUGUACAACUUCCUGAAGGUGAUGACGCGCACCAUGACCGCGCUGGUGGCGCAGUUGCGGGGCCCGACGCUGCCGAUCAGCGGCGGCGCCGACGACGACCUUACGCCGGUGGAGACGUUCGACGACCGGCGGCGCACGGAGGUGUUCCUGAAAGACCAGAUCCCCAACACGCUGGCGUUCGGCGCGUACGCGACGAUCGCGCUGAUCUCCAUCAUCACGGCGCCGCGCAUCUUCCACCAGCUGCGGUGGUACCACGUGGCGUGCUCCUACGUGAUCGCGCCGGUGCUGGCCUUCUGCAACGCGUACGGCUGCGGCCUGACGGACUGGUCGCUGGCCACCACGUACGGGAAGCUGGCCAUCUUCAUGAUCGGUGCGUGGGCCGGCUCGUCCAACGGCGGCAUCAUCGCCGGGCUGGCCGCGUGCGGGGUGAUGAUCGGCAUCGUGUCCACGGCGUCGGACCUGACGCAGGACUUCAAGACGGGGUACAUGACGCUGGCGUCGCCGCGGUCCAUGUUCGUGAGCCAGGUGAUCGGCACGGCCAUGGGGUGCGUGAUCGCGCCGUCCGUGUUCUGGCUCUUCUACAAGGCGUUCGGCGACAUCGGCACGCCGGGGUCCGACUACCCGUCGCCCAACGCGCUGGUGUACCGCAACAUGGCCAUCCUCGGCGUGCAGGGCAUCGGCUCCCUGCCCAAGCACUGCCUCGAGCUCUGCAUCGGCUUCUUCGUGUCCUCCAUCGUCCUCAACCUCGCCAGGGACAUCUCGCCGCCCAGCGUGGCGCAGUUCAUCCCGCUGCCGAUGGCCAUGGCCAUCCCGUUCUACCUCGGCCCUUACUUCGGCAUCGACAUGUGCAUCGGGAGCCUGGUGCGCUUCGUGUGGGACCGCGUCGACGGCCCCAGGGCCAAGGCGUUCGCGCCGCCCGUCGCCUCCGGGCUCAUCUGCGGCGACGGCAUCUGGACGCUGCCGCAGUCGGUCCUCGCCCUCGCCGGGAUCAAGCCGCCCAUCUGCAUGAAGUUCCUGGCGCGCCGCACCAACGUCAAGGUCGACGCGUUCAUCCGCUCGCUCCCAACCUAG